AUGGGAAAUGUGAACUCGCUGAACAACAAAACCGACGAGCUGACUGCCCUGUUUGUUGACUGUGCAACAAGAAAGAACAGAACAAUCGACCUCCUGUAUGCAAACGUGAAAGAUGCCUACAGCGCCACCCCCCUUCCCCCACUGGGCUCCUCUGACCACAACCUGAUCCAUCUCCAGCCUUUGUAUGUCCCCAAAGUACAGAGACUUCCAACUACCACACGCACUUUCAGGGAAUGGACACCAGUAGCAGAGGAGACGCUGAGGGACUGCUUCGAGAUCACAGACUGGCACUUACUACAGGGCAGUGAUGACCUGGAGGAGGCCACAGCAUGUACAACAGAUUACAUCAACUUCUGCAUGGACAUUGUUGCACCAACCAAGACUGUCCGCUGUUACCCAAAUAACAAACCCUGGGUAACCAGUGAGGUCAAACAACUCCUCAAUAGGAAAAAGAAACUUUUCAAGGAGGGUAACUUCACAGAGCUGAGGAGCGUACAGCGAGAGCUCAAAAGCACCCUCAAGGAGGCCAAGGUUGCAUAUGGGAGGAAAGUGGAAAAGAAAAUGAGCGACAAUUCCAGAGAGGCUUGGCAGGGGCUUAGAAACAUCACCGGCUGUGGGAAGAAGAGAUGCAUGGUUGAUGGCGACCCAUCAAUGGCCAAUGACCUAAACCAGUUUUACAACCGGUUUGGCAACUUUGGCACUGGGGGAGGUCACUCAGUCGUCACCUCUCAAGCUCCCUCACCCCCCCAGCCCGCACUGGACAACGACUCUGGCAACGACCCUGAAGAUCACUUUUCAGUCGGCUCCGAUCUCCCUCACUCAGAACCCCCCACUCUCAGCGACACUCCACCCUGUGACAAAUACAUGGACACUACAUCUACCCAUCCCCCAGCUCUGCCUAUGGCCUCCACCCCGACCAUCUGCAACUCUGCCAUAGCACCCCCACUGAUGGACACAGCAGGCCCACCAACCCCCACCGUCGCUACCCCCCGCUCCAGUCCCUCACCUCUGCCACUGGAAACAACUUACCCACCACCACCAUCCACCCCUCCCACCCUCCCAAACCUCAUUCGACCACAACCAUCACUGACUAUCACCUCUGAACAACUCCUCCUGGCAGGUUUCUAUGGCAGGCCAUGGUCCAUGGAGCAACGCAAAGUCCUCUUCCAAUGGAUGCAGAGGUGGGGUCUGAACACCUACCUGUACGGCCCCAAAGACGACCUGAAGCACCGACUACUAUGGAGAGAGCUCUACACCCCGGAGGAGGAGGUCCAGGUGAGGACUCUGAUCUGUGAGGCGGAGGCGAGGGGCUUGUCGUUCGUCUACGCUCUCUCCCCGGGCCAAGACAUCAUCUUCUCCAGCGCCUGUGACCUCUCCCUGCUCAAGCGCAAACUCAGUCAGGUGUCGGAACUGGGCUGCAAGGCGUUUGCCAUCCUCUUUGAUGACAUAGACCAUUCCAUGUGCCAGGCCGACAGCGAGGCCUUCUCCUCAUUCGCCCACGCCCAGGUCUCGGUGACCAAUGAGAUCUACAGCUUCCUGGGGGAGCCGCCCAUCUUCCUCUUCUGCCCCACAGAGUACUGUGACUCCCUGUGCUCCCCCAGUGUGGCCAAGUCUCCGUACCUGCUCACCGUUGGAGAAGACCUGAUGCAAGGCAUCGCUGUUAUAUGGACAGGAAGCAGGGUGAUUUCCCGCGAGCUGAGUGCUGAUUCGCUGUCGGAGGUGCGUACGGUGCUGCAGCGCCCGCCUCUCCUCUGGGAUAAUCUCCAUGCCAACGACUACGACUCGCGGCGCGUCUUCCUGGGGCCCUUCAAGGGCCGGCCCCCCGGUCUCCAUGACCACCUCAGCGGACUGCUGCUCAACCCCAACUGCGAAUUCGAGGCCAACUACAUCCCACUACACACCCUCGGGGCAUGGCACCGCUGUGGACAAGACAACGGGAAAGAUGAAGCAGGACAGUACUGCUCUGAUAGAGCUCUCAAUACUGCACUAGUGGACUGGAUUGAAGAGCUCAACCAACCUCUGCUCCCUGGUAAGACCCUAACUGCCACCACCACCGGGGGCGCCGGCGAGCCCAAGCCAUCCAAGCCCUCCACAGAGCACUACAGCGGCGGUAGUGGCAGCAGCUCCCCCCCAGGGAAGGAGAGCAGCACUGCCCCCCUUCGCAGCCCCUCUGAACCCCCCCAGAGGCAGGCGGAGGGCAAGCAGGCUGCCACCUCCCCCACCUCACCAACCUCCGCCACGUCCGCUACCACCCCGACCUCUGCCACCACCACCACCUCCGCUACCUCCCCCACCCCUAUCGUACCCGCCGUACACAGCAACGGAGAUCAGGCCUCCAGAGCUGACAGCCAUUCAUCCACCAGGUCGCUGGUGGAGAAGCCCCUGGGCCGGGGCCUGAGUGGUGGGAAGAACCCUCUAAGCGAGUCCCAGGUCCGGCUGCUAGUAGGCCUCCACUACCUGCCCCACGAGUACGGCCCCGCGGCCAAGGGCCUGCUGCAGGACCUCACCUGGCUCAAGGCACACUGCCACUACGUCAGCGCCAACGGACACAAGAAGAAGGCCCUGCCACACAAGGUGGAGGAGUGGCGUGCGCGUGCGGUGCAGUUCCUGUCGGCGUGCGACCAGGUUGCGCUGUUACACGAGGGCGUGGUGAACAGCGUGAACAGGGCCGUCCUCUACGACCUCUACCCCUACGUCUGGGACCUGCGCAACACCCUGCUGGUCGCCAAGGCCUUCGUCAGCUGGCUGGAGGGCCGUAUACUGAGCGACAGCUCCACCUCAGGAUCCUGGAAGAACUGCUUCCACUGGUGCGGUACUACGCCAGGCUCGGAGAUGAUGGGCGUGGAGUCUGAGCCCUGGGCAUUUAAAGGAGGACUCUGUGGAGAGAUGCAGCUGCUGCUCCCCAUGGGCACCAGUCCAGAGCUCUUCAUCCAUCCUCCUCCCCUCUUCCCCAGCGCUCGCCUCUACAACGUCCGCCCCUUCCAUAGCAAAGACAAGAUGGAGCUGUACCGCAUGGUGCGUCAGCUACACCAGAGAGCAAGAGGACAGCCAGACCUGAGCGUCAUCCAUCCUGACUUUUAUGGAGACAGGUGUCUGGGGGCGGUGCUGGCGCUGUGCCCGGAGUACAGCCUGGUGCUGGAGGAUGAGCUGGGCGUGUGUGGCUGCGCGCUGGGCAUCCUGGACGUGCGCCACUUCGCCAAGCGCUGGCACGCCAGCUGGCUGCCCGCCAUGAGGGACAAGUACCCGCCGCAGGCCCUGGGCAUGGGCACGGGCAGCAGCGGCCACCAAGGCACCAAGGAGGCGCUGCAGUGUUUUAAGGAGGAGACGCCGGACUACCCGGACUCGCUGCUGUUCCACUUCCCCUCGCAGCUGCGUCUGGACGCCCUGCCAGAGCUGGUGGACUGCAGUGUCAGCAGAAGCCUCCUCACCGCUCUCCUCACCGCACUCAAGGCCAACGGAUCGAGGGGUGUGUUCUGCGAGGUGCAGCCGAUGGAGCAGAUGAGGAUGGAGUUCCUGACCAAGCUUGGCUUCCUGGAGAUCCUCAGGGUGGAGGCCAGCACACGAGAAGGACUGGUGCUGGGACGCCUGCUAUAA